AUGGCGGCCACACCACUUCCCUGUUGCGACCGCACAACUUGGGAGUGGGGAAUCCGGGGCCCCGCGCAAGACGUGGGGCGCAGUCCGCGCGUGGGGAACCCACACUCGCAUUUCGCAGCCUGUCGCGGCGCGGGCGCGAGGCUCUCCCUUGGCCCGCAGCGGCCCCGGCGGCGCGACGAGCUCGGGAGCGGGCAUGCGGCCGGUUCCGCAGCCCCGCGCUGCGCCGCGCCCUGCUCCGCCCGCGAGCCCCGAGCUCGCGCCCCGCGCACUCCGCGGCCUGCGCGUCUGGUCCUCCCGCGCCCUCCCGCGGCCAGGGGCGGGGGCGGCGCGCGGCCGGCUCCCCGGAGCUCGGCGGACGCGGGCGGGGAGCGUGCGCGGGGGGUUCCGUCUGCUCCGGGGGGCACAGCUGCGAGGGGCGGCGCCCCGCGGGCCGCGCUCGGGCCCCGCUCGGCCGUCCCCACCCCCACCGCGGUGCACUGCGGCGCGGAGAGCCGGGCGGCCAUGAACUCGGCCGCGGAGCGCGCGCGCGGGCCGCCGCCUGGCCUCUCCCCACCCGCUCGCCGGCCUGCGCGGCCCCCGGGGCGCCCGGCCCCCACGCCCCAACCGCGGCCCACGCCCGAUCCCGCUCGCACCGCGCUGCGCCGCCACAUCCUGCAGCUGGCUGCUGCCCGAGCUCGGCGGGAACGCGCCUCCUCUCAGCCGCCCCGCCGCGCCCGCCGCCGGCUGCCCCCGCGUCCCCGCGCCCGCCCAGGCCCUUUCAGCACCCGGCCCGCGCUUACCUGCAGUUUGGCACAGCUACAGACGCUCGCCGUGGGCUCCCUCUCUCGGCAGCGCGCAAGCCAGGACGGGAUGGACGCGGGGGCACGGUGCGUCCCUCUGUAGCCAUCAUGUUCCAGAACUAGGUUGCACUUGAUGGAGAGAUCUGAUAGCCUGGUAAUGUCAGCACAUUCAUGUAAGUUAUAACUCCACUGCGGCUGAAACCUUGUGUUCUUUGUGAGGCACUUUCUGAUCCACUUUACCUGCCCUCAGGCCCACGACCCGAAAAGCCCCUUUGGCUCCCACAUUUUCUGUUCAACCUGCAAACUGGCAGCUGGAUUGAGCUAUUGUGCUCCUAAGUGUCACUUUAUGCUGCUUUGUCACACUUCUAACAGUCUUGUGUCAAAUCAUGUGAAUAACAUCUGAAAUUAGGGCAGGACCAUGGACUUAUGGGAAGAUGUAAAAGAAUGCCUGUACCAGGCUCAUGAGUAAACAUUAAGGAAUACUAUGAUUGCCUCAGUUUUCUAAAGGACACCCUAUUCAGCCUCAGCUAUAAUAUUAACCAAUACUGCUUUAACGUCUCCCGAAGUGUUUUAAUAUACGUCUUCAAAUUUUUAUUUUCUGUGUAUGAAUGUUUUGCCUGCAUGAGUGUGUGUGCACCACAUGUGUGCCUGGUGUCAGAAGAGGGUGUCAGAUCCCCUGAGACUGUAGCAGGAUGAUUGUCAUUCACCACACAGAGUUCUUGAAACUAAACCCGGGUCCCCUACAAGAGCAGGUAGUAAGUGCUGUUAACUGCCGAGCCAAAGUUUUAGCUCCCACUCAUGUCUUUUGAUGCACGCAAUAGCAUUUGUGUUAGGCUUGGUGAAAGACUUGAGAUAGAAUAAACCUGAUCUAGAGUGAGGCCUCGGUUUUGUUAUUUUUUGAAAACGAUUUUAUUAUGUGUGUGUAUUGCGCAUGUGCAUAUAUAUGGGGGUAGUGCAUAGAGUGCUUAUGCUCCAGGAAGCCAGAGGCACCGGAUCCCCUGGAGCCCAAGUUAUAGACCAUUGUGAGCCACUUGACGUGGGUGCUGGUCUUCCGGAAGAGGAGCAAGUGCUUUCAACCGUGAGCUUAUCUCUCCAGCCUUGUAAGCCCUGCUCUCUUUUCUGCAGUAGAGACAGAGAAAUCAAGGCAGUCAUGAGGAAAAUCAACACAACAUCCAACUAAGCUUUUAGUGCAAAUAUUAAUCCCCUGUUGUUAAGGACAUAUAUAUUAUUGUUGGUGUUGAAUUCUAACACCAUGGCAGGAAGUGGUCCUCAUACCUGACACUCUGCCUGCUUACUUUAUUCGUGUUUGCACAGCUCUGUGUUUACACUAACUCCUGUCUGUGUUUUGCUUAUGGGGGACUAAUAAUACCCAUGUGUCAUGGGGUUAUGUCGUUAGGCGAUAGAGCGAUGGCUUAAGUUUGUGGCAUGGGAGCACGGCCAGCUUCCAGUAAUCUUCAAUGUCACCACCUGCUGCUGCUCUUGGGACACACGUGGAAGGGCUUCACUCCUGGAUUUAUUGUCUGCCUCCCAUGUAGGCAUGAUCCUUUUGCAAUAAAGUGCCUGACAAUUUUAACUUUUGUAUCAACCACUCCUUGAAUUCAUGUGCUUGGCACCUGUGCUCUGCCUGGCUGAUCCUUGCUUAUCAUUGGGACUCAAGGGGAGAAACAAAAGUGCCCUUCUCAUGGGAAGGAGGGUGGGAAACCCCUUGCCUUAUCCCACACCACACCCUUAGCACCUAUGAAGCUCACAGAAGACCCCAGUUGAUAGCAAGAAUCAACCCAGAGAUCAGAAAUAAAAGGCAGUGUGCAGUAAUUAAUAGGGAUCAAGGCCCUCCUGACAUACAUUGACGCGCAAGGCCUUCGCUGGACGUGUUCUUCCUUUUCUACUAACAAUAGCUAUUGUGCUGACAAUUGCUGGAGUCACUCAGAGCACGAUGUUUUCCUCCUGAGGAUUGUGAGGCUAGACUGUAGGACAUAACAGGGUGGCAUGUGGGAUACCAGGGCUUAGGUAGACACAUAAGGGACAGCUGAAAGGUGUCCUGUUAUUUGGGGUUUUUACGAGUGAAUGGAGUUGAUGUCUCCCUCACACUGACCAUGGGGUCUACUGUUGGUUUUAGCUAUGGAUUCAAGUAGUAGAGAUUGGACAGCUUCUUUUGGGGGGGGGGGAUUUUUUUAUUUACAUUUCUAAUGUUAUCCCCUUUCCAGGUCUCCCCUUGCCUCUGUGAGGGUGCUCCCCUAC